GCGUUAACUAGAAGUCCAAGAAGGGAGCAUGGACCAGCCCAGCGGAAGAAGUUUCAUGCAAGUUCUUUGUGAGAAAUACAGCCCCGAGAACUUCCCAUAUCGUCGUGGACCUGGUAUGGGGGUGCAUGUCCCAGCAACUCCGCAGGGUUCACCUAUGAAAGAUCGCCUCAACCUUCCAAGCGUGCUAGUACUGAACAGCUGUGGCAUAACCUGUGCAGGGGACGAGAAUGAAAUCGCCGCCUUCUGUGCUCAUGUGUCUGAGCUAGAUCUUUCUGACAAUAAACUGGAAGACUGGCAUGAGGUCAGUAAAAUUGUGUCCAACGUUCCCCACUUGGAGUUUCUAAACUUGAGUUCCAACCCUCUCAGUUUGUCCGUUUUAGAGAGAAGGUGUGCUGGGUCUUUCGCUGGUGUUCGCAAACUUGUGCUCAACAACAGCAAAGCUUCCUGGGAAACAGUCCACACAAUCCUGCAGGAAUUACCAGACUUGGAGGAGCUCUUCCUGUGCCUUAACGACUAUGAAACAGUGUCUUGUUCUCCGGUUUGCUGUCAGUCUCUCAAAUUACUCCACAUAACUGACAAUAAUCUUCAAGACUGGACUGAAAUUCGAAAACUGGGAAUUAUGUUUCCAUCACUGGACACGCUUAUCCUGGCUAACAACAACCUCACGACCAUUGAAGAGUCAGAAGAUUCCCUAGCAAGGCUGUUCCCCAACCUGCGAUCCAUCAAUUUGCACAAGUCAGGUCUGCAUUGCUGGGAAGACAUUGACAAGUUAAAUUCUUUUCCCAAGCUCGAGGAAGUGAAAUUGCUAGGAAUUCCUUUGCUGCAGUCCUACACCACCGAGGAACGCAGGAAGCUGCUAAUAGCCAGGUUGCCAUCUAUCAUCAAACUCAACGGAAGCAUCGUUGCCGAUGGGGAGCGAGAGGACUCGGAGCGAUUCUUCAUCCGAUAUUACAUGGAGUUCCCGGAGGAGGAAGUCCCAUUCAGGUAUCACGAGCUGGUCACAAAGUACGGGAAGCUGGAGCCCCUGGCAGUCGUGGAUCUUCGGCCACAGAGCAGCGUGAAGGUGGAGGUUCACUUCCAGGAUAAGGUGGAAGAGAUGUCGAUUCGUCUCGAUCAGACUGUGGCAGAAUUGAAGAAGCACUUAAAAACUAUAGUGCAGUUGUCAACAAGCAACAUGCUGCUCUUCUACUUGGACCAGGAAGCUCCCUUUGGUCCUGAGGAGAUGAAAUACAGCUCACGAGCACUGCAUUCUUACGGCAUUCGGGAUGGAGAUAAAAUUUAUGUGGAGCCCAGAAUGAAAUAGCCUCUUUUGACCUUGUGAGUGCACGCACGUGCACACACAUGCCCCCACACACCCACACACAUGCAUUAAGGAGUUUUUGCAAGGUUUUUAUUUCAGUUGGUUGGUUGAGGUUUGGUUGCGUUUCUGUAGCAGGUAAUUUCUUAGCCCGGAGGAAGUGCUCUGAUCUGAGAACCAUGCCCACCAUCCACUGCAGGUGACCUUGAGGUGACAAUUGACUUCAGUGCAUGUGUUUCAGUGUGUGCAAUACCUUGAUGUUUUCUUCGAUGCUCCGGUAUACUCGUGAUUUGGCAUGAAUGGUCAGUUGUUCAAGCUAAAGAAUGCUAGGGUCCGUAAGGGAGAAGGUAGCUCGGUGCAGAAUUUGAC